CAUCACCGCACGUUAGCUCAGCAGCUAACAGCUGUUUCACGCGUGUGAUCAUGUUGACACCUUUAACGACCGUAACUCGUUAUAUUAAAGCAUUCGUCAAAGCGUUUGGCCACACGAGCGCAGCCAGAUGCUCCUCAAACAGCUGUCGGCCCGAUUCUAAACCUUCGGAGAACACAGAGGUAGUCGGACAGCGGAUUUUGACCCCAGAGUUCAAACUUAGGCUGUUCACCCUGAACUGCAGAUUCUGGACGGAAAUGCCCGAGCUGUGGCCCUUUGACGAUCCGUACUGGGCCAUAUACUGGCCAGGAGGACAGGCGCUCUCGAGGUACCUCCUGGAUAACCCCGCAGCCAUCACUGCAAGACCGUGUGGUGCUGCUCAUGUAGUUGCCAAUGACAUUGAUCUUGUUGCAGCCGUUGUGACCCACAUGAACUGCGGGCUCCUGGAGCCGCCCGUUUGUCUAACUAACAACAUGAUUGACUCGCCACCAAAAAGCUUCGACUUGAUCCUCCCAGGCGACAUGUUUUACGACGAGGCGCUCGCCACCAGCCUUCGCGGCUGGCUGGACAACUGCAUCGACAGCCACGGGACCAAAGACCCGAUCGGAGAUCCUGGAAGAGCCCAGUUCGAGGAACACCGCAUUCCAUGACUCCUGCGGCAGCUGGCUCAGUUUGAGCUGCCCGAGUGCGUCAGAGAGGAGAACUGUGG